AGUAAGAUUGGAUUGGAUUCCAAAAUAUGUGCAAAUGAUCAGCCAGGCUGCUGGAGUAUAAACAUUUUCAGUCAAAAAAUAUUUUACAGCAGUAAACAUUUAAUUCUGACAAAAACUGAAAUGACUCGUCCUGGACACAAAAAGUUGGACAGCAACUUUUCCACAGCUGUGCAUUAUGGCUGGAUGCGAGGGCAUUUUGUCCCGCUGCUCCAAAUUAAAUGAUGGUGUAAGGACAUCGUAGAGGCGAAAUGUCGUUGGAUACACACCAGAAAGUAUGGCUUUGUGGAGUUUGAGGACAUGCGAGAUGCGGAUGACGCUGUGUAUGAACUGAACGGAAAGGAGCUGUGUGGGGAGCGCGUCGUCAUCGAGCAUGCCCGUGGACCGAGGAGAGACGGAUACGGCUUUGGCGGACGGAGUAGCGGCUACAGCAACUGGAAUCGCUCUGGCAGAGAUAAGUACGGGCCGCCUGUACGCACCGAACACCGCCUCAUUGUGGAGAACCUGUCCAGCAGGUGCAGCUGGCAGGACCUUAAGGACUUUAUGCGGCAAGCAGGGGAAGUAACCUAUGCCGAUGCUCACAAAGGACGAGCCAACGAGGGCGUCAUCGAAUUUCGAUCCCGCUCAGACAUGAAGCGAGCCUUGGAAAAACUCGACGGCACGGACAUUAACGGAAGGAAGAUCCGUCUGGUGGAAGACAAACCUCGGCGGCGGCGCUCGUAUUCUGGCAGCAGAUCCAGAUCUCGUAGCAGGCGGCGCUCCCAUAGCAGAAGAAGUAGAAGCUCUCACAGUCGGUCCAGGUCUCGCUCACAUUCUCGAUCUCGCAGCAAGCGGCGAUCUCACUCCAGGAAGUCACGCUCCAGAUCAAAAAGAAAGUCCCACUCUAAAUCUCCAGAGAAGUCUCGGUCACACACUCGCAAAUCUCACAGCCCCUCCAAGAGCAAAAAAUCUCGCUCUCGCUCGGACACUCGCAAGUCACGCUCCAAGAGCAGAUCCAAAGCCAAAGCCGAGCGGAAAUCCCGGAGCCGUUCCAAGGAGAAAUCUUCCAGUAAGAAGUCUAGAAGCCAUUCGCGUUCCCGUUCGGAGAGCAGAAAUGAGAAACGUGCCUCAAAAUCACCUCCUGGCAACGACACCAAGUCCCCAGCUAAGCGCUCUGCCUCCCGCUCCAGGUCUCGCUCUCGAUCCAGAUCAGCCUCUCGAGACUGACCGUUUCUGUACGAUGCACUUAACAAAAAUGAUACAUCCCAGAGCUGUGUGUUUGAGAUGUUUACAGAGGGUUUGGUAUCUUUUGGCACAAAUUUGGAGCUCAUGGAAUAUAUCUUUUUUCUGGCAAUCUUUUCUUUGUUUAUCAAACAACUAUUAGAGGAGACGGCUGAAGCUGUGGCGGUAUUACCCUUGUUUUGUCUAAACGUGUGAUUUAAAGUCAGCAGCUGACACCAAAAGUUGCUUCAUACUUUGAUAACAUAUAUGUGAUAAGUUCAGACAGAAAGACGUAAAAGUCCAAACUAAUACUGAUGUUUCACAGUUUGCAUGUUCUGUGAAGAAGUUUUUACCUGUUUGCCUUUAAAAAUCCCCAAUCUUCCUCCAGUGGGAAUGUCAUUUUGAAGCAAUCUGCAGCAUUUGUUUGUAAUGUCAUAUUGGAAUAAAAUAAUGGAAAUUUUAA